CACGAGCCAUGUCACAUGACGAACGUUUACAAACCAAGCCGGAAGUGGAGUGAACUGACGCACGUCAACCGGAACAGCUGUGCAAGGGCCCCCAAAACAGAAAACAUCAAGUCAGUAUUUUAGUCUGAAUUAAAGCUGGAUUAAGAUGACUACACCUGAAAAAUACCCUAGGUCUUCAAUUGAAGAUGAUUUCAACUAUGGAACAAAUGUUGCGACAGCGAGUGUGCAAAUCCGGAUGGAUUUCCUGCGCAAGGUAUACACCAUCCUUUCUCUUCAGAUCAUCCUGACCACGGCUACCUCUGCUCUCUUCAUGUACUGUGACACCAUCAAGGACUUUGUCCAUUCAAGUCCAGCGGUUGUGUUGGUGUCAGCCAUUGGCUCCCUGGUGUUGAUCAUUGCCCUGGCCUUCUACAGACAUCAACACCCCAUUAACCUGUACCUGCUUGCCGCAUUCACUCUGUUGGAGUCGGUCUCUGUUGCUACCGCAGUGACCUUCUAUGAGUAUUCCAUCGUGCUCCAGGCCUUCUUCCUCACAGCAGCUGUGUUCCUUGGGCUGACUGCCUACACCUUCCAGUCUAAGAGAGACUUCAGUAAACUGGGAGCUGGACUGUUCUCCGGCCUGUGGAUCCUGAUCAUCGCUGGUUUCAUGAAGCUCUUCUUCCAGAACGACACAGUGGAGCUGUUGUUUGCUGGUGCGGGAGCUCUGUUGUUCUGUGGCUUCAUCAUCUACGACACCCACCUCCUGAUGCACCAGCUGUCCCCUGAGGAGCACGUCCUGGCCUCCAUUAACCUGUACCUGGACAUCGUUAACCUCUUCCUGCACAUCCUCCGCAUGCUGGACGCCAUGAAGAAAAACUGACCUUCUAUUCCCUAGUUUAGUGCACUACGUUUUGACCAGGGCCCUGUAUAAACGUAGUGCACCGUGAAGGGAAUAGUGUGUGGUUUGGGACUCGGCCCAUCGAUUUAGGUGAUCAGCUGCUUGGCUCACAGGGUGACUUGGGAUCGAUUCAGUUCUCAAUUCAGUAACAUUUUCUUGUAAUUAUUUAUAAAAUCCUCAUAGAAAAGAUAAUGGAUAUUUAUUGAUUCACCUCCAUGAAUUGAAAACUGAUUUGCCCUCCAUCUCUGAGAGUCAACCCUGCUGUAGAUCCUUCCAGUGAUUGUGAAACAUUAACCCCCGCCGUCUAAGUUUAACCCCUGGAUAUAAUAUUAUAUUAUAACCUGUGCCAUUUUGUUUUUUAGCAUUUUGGAACUGGCUGUUUUGGACUUAAUUCUGUUUUUGUUCUUAUACUGUUUAUUAUACUGAAUGUAAAACAAACAACAAAGAAUCAUAUUUAAUUGUGGGUUGCUCGCUCAGUGAAUGAUUCCUUUCUGAAUAUUCAGGCAUACGGAUUUACAUAAGGUUGUGAUGGUGUAAAAAAAGCAGAACACAUUUCUUAGGAAAGUACUUCGUUCUACUUUAGUUUAAACUUCCAUCCCCCUCGCUUGCUGGUAUACUGAAUAAACUGGCCAUGAUCCUUCUAGAAAGACUUGAAUAGUUGUCACAGUAAAGUUUAAUAAAAUACACUAUUCUCCACUAUUGACUUCACCAGAGAAAAUGUAUCACAUAGCAACCUAUUCCCUAUAUAGUGCACUACUUUUGACAAGGGCACGCAUCCCAAAUGGGUCCCUAUUCCCUAUAUAGUGCACUACUUAUGAUCAGAAUCCGUGUCCCAAAUGGGACCCUAUUCCCUAUAUAGUGCACUACUUAUGACCAGAGCCCGCAUCCCAAAUGGGACCCUAUUCCCUAUAUAGUGCACCACUUAUGACCAGGGCCCGCAUCCCAAAUGGGUCCCUAUUCCCUAUAUAGUGCACUUCUUUUGACCAAAGACCUAUGGGUCAUUUGGGACAGAGAUUUGAUAUGCCAGCAAACAGAGGGAUCCUCUGGGACCAGGAAACAUGUUCAACCAGUUAGCUGGUGGGCAGAACAAGUGUACAGUAGAAUACGACCACAUCAGAUGUCAGGAAAGGGAAUCUGAAGAACACUACUGGUCUGAACACCAAGAGGGUUCCAUUAGACAUCGUGUAAAUACUAAUGAAGAGAUUUUACUAGGCUCUAUAUUCUGUUUCCUCAGUCAUUCAUUUAUUAACAAACCUGCAAGUUGCAAUACAAAUUGUCACGUGGAAUGUAAAGUAGUUACGCAUCUAUUCGGUGAACUGUGAAUCAACCGUCAACUGUAUAUGCUUUGAUUUCUUGAUUAAAUUGUAAAGUGGAGUGUUUUAAAUUUU